AUGGAUUUAGCGACUCAAUUGACGCUUGCGACCCGUUCGGAAUAUACAAUGAAGACCUGCAAGCCAGAGCGUUGGCACAAAGAUACAUUGGUAUUGACGGAAGACGGGAGGAAGGAGAGCGGUGCAUGUAGGGGUGUUUCUCCUUCCUGGCCAAACUAUAGUAUGGUAUCUUGGAUGAAGCCGAAGGAGAAACAAUCUGAUCACUCGAGGAAGGAGCCAGCGGGAAUGGGACGCUGUUGUUGCCAAGACUUCGUUCCCGGGCCGACUUCAGGCCAUCACGCGCGUGUACAGCUGCACCUCGCAUCUGUACCGACCGACCAUCUGGCAUCUGCAACACGGUGGCUGUCUGCAUCUUCAAUAUCUCCGAAACCCUCCGCCCUGGCCGCUUUCCGCAACACAGCGUCGAAAAUUUCCACUCGCGGUUCAUCCUUCCAUCUUGCAAGUUUCUACGGUAGACAGCGACGAUUGUACAGCGAGGGCACAGAGCAAAAGCGUCCCAAAAAGCGGUGGACCCCGGAAGCGACGGCGGAGGUGUUUCGUCUGCGCGGCGAAGGACGGUCCAUCAAAUCAAUCGCACAUGCAUUUCAACUUUCAUACAAUGCUGUAUGGUGCAAGUUAAAUAGCUGGUCAACGCCGGCACCGGCUCGUAAGAGACGAUGGCUCCCAGAAGAUGUAGCGAAGCUUUUGCAUCUGCGUGAACAAGGCUUGCCUCUCAAAUCGAUCGCAGAGAGACUCCAGUUUCCGUACCAACGUGUGGUGCGUAAAAUCCGGAAUCCACUACCACAGGGACCGCGACCAUGGCGACCAUGGCGCCCAGAAGAUAUAGCAGAGUUGUUACGUCUGCGGAAAGAAGGGACUUCUCUGCGUUCAAUCGGGGAUAGAAUUCAACGUUCACACCAGGGCGUAUCCAGCAAGAUCUACAGGCUUGAACGGCCAGUCAAAGCGCGUCACCGGACUCUGCGCAAACCAUGGGAAGAGCACGAGAUUGAGAGGCUGCACAAGAUCAUGGAACGUGUUGUAAGACUUGACGAGAUUCAAGCCCUCGCUGCUGAAUUGAGGAGGCCUCUUGGAAGCGUGAGGAACAAGUUGAGUGAGGUACGACGUGAGAAUAACCUUUCAACUCCGCGGAGACGUACCAAGCCCCUGCAGCCUUGGACGCAGGAUGAAUUUGAUCGCGCUCAGCAACUCGUGGAGGAAGGGAAAACUUGGGGUCAAAUAGGCAAGAUUCUGGGAAGAAGUUCAGACCAAGUACGACUCCGUUUUUCCCAUGCCAAAACCACAGGAAAGCAAUUCAACGGCGAUGUCUUCAUGUCCCCCAGCGAGCUGCACCAGAUCCAGAGGUACUAUUGCGAAGGUAAAUCCGCUUCAGAAAUCCAACGCCUUCUGCCCCGUCGUUCGUUUGGCGGAAUUAAGAGCGUUAUUCAAAGGCGAGGUCAAGAUGCCAUGACCAGCGGUAGAACGUGCGAGACAGGCGCACACACUUUCACCACGUUACAGUCCGAUGAAGAAAUACAUCGACUAAGCUGCGCAAUCAUUCAGCACACUGAAAUUACAGACAGCACGAAGCAGGGAAGUGGAAUAUUUUCCGCUGCGCGGACCUUCAAGUCAGUCUCUCGCAAGGAUGUCGCCGCCUCACCGGUGAAUUUCCACUCACAUGUUUCUAUCAGCUUCAUGAACACGAGGGAAAAGGUGUAUACGCAGCAGCAAAGCCCCGCCAUACACACUGGGCAUUCUGCGAGAGUAUUUGAGGGCAAAAGAGUCCAAGGCAGCAUAUCAGCGCUGAAUGUCAGGAGCCUUGCUGACGGAAAGUCGCCCGAUCGCAUGGAUAUCCGGAGAAACAAGCUUGCAGUUCAAGUACAUAUGAGGAGAUGCGGCCGCGCCUACAGCUGCGCGAUCAUGCCAUGCGGAUUGACUCUCCGCCGAAUAUUUUUGAAUCUCAGAGUUACACCAACUCCUCCCACUGUGCGAGUCUUGCACAGCGAGACCAAUUCAAUCGCAGGGCUUUGCACUCUAUACUGUGCGACUGGAAAUGAAAUGCUCGCUCGGCCGAAUUCUCAGAAUAGAAAUGGACAGCCAGACAAUGAAUUCAGUACUGAAAUGGGAGCGGCAUCCGAUCCGAUAGCUCGACCAUGCGGCCUGCUAAUGAAAGAAAGCUCUGGAAUUGGCAUGACACGCAUCCAUCAUGUAUUUGAUUUAUAUUCAUAA